AUGAUCUUUUCAGGUUAUAUGCAGUGGUUGUCUUGGCUUGCAGGCCGAGAUGGUCUCACACGGAGUCGUCACGGCCUUGGUCGAUUAAGUCGAUGCUGGUGUGAUGAGGGUGCUGCUGAUCCAAUCCGUGCAAAUCUCCGCCUCGUUGCCUUCACAAUCGGAGUCUUCCGACUUGCAAUCCUUACCCACGCAGAUUCCAUUCUUGCAGUCCCGACCCGUGCAGCUCACGACGAGACAAUCUCGGUCUGUGCAAGUAAAGUCGUUGCUAGAGCACUGCUUGCCGAGACAUCCCCACGACAGGUAUUCCCAGCCGAAGCAACCACUAGAGCUGCCGUCACAGUCAAAACCGACGCACCCAUGAUCUUGGCAGUCGGAUCCAGAGCAAUGAUCAUCCUCGCAGUCCUUUCCCCUGCAGCCGGUGGGCUUGCAGUCAUCACCCCCAGUGCACACUCUGUUGUUGCAAUCCUUUCCAAGUCUGAAGACAAUGGCUCGCAAGACCAGGAUGUCAGUGAUGCGACACUUCUCUUUGCCGAUAACGAGCAUCCGCCAGAGUACUAUAUCCACCAGCUUGCGAACUUCGAUGAGACGGACUAUACAGAAGAGUACUACGGAAAGGGUACCACUGCCCUACGUGAUCGGGUGGAGGAUGGGUGGUCACAGUAA